UCUAACCCCUACAGUUGUGAUUCUGUGAUCUAGUUCCAGUCCCCAGUUUUAUUGCUAUUUUUUAAUAACAUAGCCUUUUCACAUGCACAUGGUAGGAUGGAUCAGCAGAAGACUCAUUUUCUCUGCACUGGUGACAAUGCGCAUCCUCAGCUAGUUCUCAUCCCUUCUCCAUGUCAUGACUUUGGCUCCUAUGCCACAUUGCUGACUCUGGGUUUUUGCCCCACAGCUCUCCUGCUCCUGCCAUGUCCACUCCACUGGAGGAUGCCAUGAACACCUUCAUCAGGAUUUUUCAUCACUACUCUGGCAAAGAAGGUGACAGAUACAAGCUGAGCAAAAGAGAGCUCAAGGAACUCCUCACCAGGGAGCUCACUGACUUCCUUUCUGGCCAAAACGAUCCUCAUCUUGUUGAUAAGAUUAUGAACGAUCUGGAUUCCAAUAAAGACAAUGAAGUGGAUUUUAAUGAAUUUAUGACUCUGGUUGCAACUCUGACUGUGGCUUGUAACGAUUUCUUUGAAGAACAGCUAGAAGAAGGAUUUUAAUGAUGCUGUAUAAAAUCGGUCUUCUGGUCACAAAUGCAAUGAACCAUGACUAGUUAGGUAGUGCUCAUUAGCAUUUGGUGAACACAAACCAUCAUCACUCCAAUUGCUACAGCUGCAAAACUCUUGUGGACCAGAUCAGCAGCUGGUGUAAGCUGGACCAAAGGCAGCUUACACUACCUGAAGUCUGGCUGUUAGUAUUUUCAGCCUUUGCACUGUUGUAAUACACCUCUGUCAGUUUCCCAGUCCAGGCCUGGGGUGGCAGAUUGUUUGGCAGGAGUUAAGAUUUCUGUUUCAUAACUGUCGGUGUGAUAUAAAAGGAACAUUAAUGUUACUUACAUUGCUUCUGAACUGGAAAAUCUGGAAUGAGUUGUAAAACUUGCAAUUGAAUUUUCAGUCGUUCUGUAACAAUAUCUUUCUCCAUGUCACGAAACUUGUCUGUUUCUUAAACACUUCUACUCAUCCUAACCCAACUGUUGGAUGCUGCUCUGUACUCCCUGCUCUCCUGUGUUUCAGACAUGGCCACAACUGCCUUUAUCCACCCAAGCAGAUGGCACUGUGUGCCACAGUUAUGGGUUUGUUUUCCCCACUUCCCCAGCUUCCAUUCCAUUGUGUGGGCAUUUCUGCACCUCAGCAGUCCAGCUCUUCAUUCAGCACAAAUUAAUUUGUUCAUCUGAUAAAUUAUUCAAAUGCAUAGGGGAUUUAGUCAGCGAGCUGCUCUAAAUGUUGAUGGAAGAGCCAGUUCUUCAGAGGAAAGGUAAAUGCCUUCACUAUUCUGGCACCCAUAAGAGAAGGAUUUUGUGAAGGAUAUCAUGAUGAGAUCCCAGGGUACAGCUUCAUCAUGUGAGUCAUCCGAUGGAACAAUGACUUCAUCUCAUGCAGAUCCAAAUCCUUGCAUAAAUGUGGCACAGGAGGAGGCAGUGGGACCCUCUGACCAGGCAUGGACAGAGAAGGACAAUCCAUUUCAAUGCUAAUCUGUGCAUGGACUGAAAUACAUCUAUGUCUAAACUUCUGCUUAAACAUGCUUCCAAAUGU